AUGCAGGUGUCCUGCAUGUUAACGGAAGACGGAUGCCACAAGGUCGUGCUGGUGCGAGUUGACGAUGCAACGCAUCCCCACGCUCAAGCAGCUGCCAGAUGGUGCAUGGAAGUGCUGUCUGUAGAACCAAAACAAAACAUUAGGAUUGCAGAGGACGUAUCACCAUCUCUUGCUCAUGUAUUGGAAGGGCCCGGUGCUGGCCUUUGUGCUGCUGGAAGAGGGAGCAACAAGGAGAAACGGAAAAGGGCUUGCCACUUGGCGUUGGCCCUCUCCGGUGCAUUGCAAUGUGUUGGGACAAGGCCUGCUGGCGAUGAAUUUGACCAGCUGCUUAAGAAAACAGUCCAGGCUACCAGCCAAUACAACGUUCCUUUUCUGGCGGACCUAGGCUUCGUAUACGCCGCGCACCGCCAAAGCCGCAGCCACAAACUUCAUAUGGAGAGGCGCCGAAGUGGCGAACCAUUGGAUGCAGAGGAUCCUAUCGCUCCAGGUUGGCACUCGGCCAUGUGGAUUAAGGCUCAUGUCGGUGAUGGCAGCUUCUGGCUGGUGAACCGCUGGCUACAUGAGAAGCAGGGGCGUUGGUUGAUGUACGUUGGAGAAAAUGGUCAGGUAAUGGCAGCCCCGGAGUGCCCUGCUGGCGCAUCGGCCAAGUGGGUGGAAGAGGCGGACGUUAUCAAGACUCCGGGCAGAGAUGUCGCACUCGUCCUGGAGAAGGUACUGCCGGAACACUUGCAGCGACCGCAAGGACCGGAUCAGGAGCCACGGGCACCACUCCAACGCCUGGCACCUCAAUCGCUGCUGGAGACACAGCCGCAGCCACAACAGGAGAUACACCUGCAGCCACAACAUCAAAGUUCUGCUGAUAGCUACGACUAUUGGUUCCCAAUCGACUCUGUUAGGUACUCGCAGCGUUCAAUUUCCAAUGGCUUUCGAGAUGGCCGCCCACUGGAAGAGCUGGUUGAGGGUCUGAACGAUGGGGUUAUCGAGACGCAUGCAGAGUUCCUGAAUCUCGAUGUCUGUGUUUGCUGGGGAAAAUGCAAGCAUUCGCAUCUAGUCUACAGCUUGGACAAUCGCCGGCUUUUUUGCCUGAGGGAACACCAGAAACAUGUCCGGGCUUCCCAUGGCCCUGAACAAAAAGUUUGGAUACGGGCAAGGGUCAAAGAGACAGACCGCAAAGUAUUGCAGCGCUUCGAGACCAUUCGGGAGGGAUGGCAAAUCUAUGUGAGAGCACAGCAUAGGCUGCUGCCCAUGCCUGGCAUGGCGCCUCUGCGGUUUAGAGCCACGGAGGCGCUGGAGGAGGUGGCAGCUGAAAGGACGACGAGUCUGGCCGCCUGUGCAGGUACGAGUUGCAGCACCGGACAGCUUAUCCGCAGAGAUCCUUGCCCUCGCGAAGGCGCAGAAGUCUUCGCAAAGCUUAUCGCUGCUUCGGUCAUCGCCAGACAGGCCAUGCCCAGGUUGCCCCCGAAUGUUGUGGAUGCCGUUCUGGGAGCUGUGGCCAAGCGAGGAGGUCCCUUCCCCAGUGGCAACACCAAGAAACGAGGGUCUGCAGCUCGACACCGUCAGCUACAACAUCGCAGCUCGUGCUUGCAGUAUUUGGAGCUUAGCGAUUUAUGGAUCGCGCAGCACUUCCGCUUCAGUUAUGGAUGGAGGGCUGGCGAGCCCACUGUCCAGGGUUCACAGCAGAAUCUCCGGAAUGGUGGUUCGAUCGUCCUUGCGUAUGGAUUGCUCCUGAACUUCGGCAUCAAGGGCAACGGUUUUGUAACUCAAGAUGUCCAGGGCGUGCGGGGAUAUCGGCAAGAAGGGAGGAAGCUUUCCAACUCUAAUCCCUUGGAUCAAGCUCAAGAAAUCUUCCGGAUCGGACCAGACAAAGCGACGAUUCACCUGCUUCCCUGCAAUGAAAAUGAGUGGCUCCCCCAGGCCAUGAACACGCACGCUCGACAAGGGAAGGUGGCAGCAGCCACACAGCUCUUCGAAGCUUCGGCGGAGGUGUUCUUUCUUUGCUUCAGCGGACUUUUGUGGGGUCUCGGUGAAUUCUGGAUGCAAAGGUUGAAAGACAGCCCUAUCAGCGCCACGGAGGUAAGCUACGGAAGCUUGUUGGAUGCCUGGGCGCGUCAGGGCGAUCUCGCCGCUGCAGAGGGCGUCCUGGAGGCGAUGACGCAGCAGAGGUUGUCACCCGGUCCACGGUGCUUCACGAGCCUCAUCAACGCGGCCGCCGAGGCCGGCGACCUUCCCGCAGCGGAAGCGAGCAUGGAGCGGCUCGAAGCAGAUGGCCACAUCGCAGACGAUCGCUGCUAUGGUGCCAUGUUGAAGGCUGCUGCAGCCGCAGGCUCGUCGAAAGAUGCGGAGAGGUGGUUCACAAGGAUGCAUGCUUCUGGAGUUCGAGUGAACCUUGUGGCUUUUGGCAGCCUCCUAAAUGCUUUUGCGGAAGCUGGCGAUCCCGAGGGCGCGGAAGUUUGGUUCGCCAAGGCUCAGGAGUUCAAGAUUCAACCAGAUGCUGCCUGCUAUGGUGCGGUCAUGAAGGCAUGGGCAAAGGAAGCAAAUCUGGCUGGGGCAGAGCGCUGGAUGAACAGAGCGAUUGAGGUUGGGCUGCACCUCAGCACUCCGAUGUUCAACACGAUAUUGCAAUCGUGUGCUGUCGCUGGGGAGGCGGAUCAAGCCCAUGUGUGGUUCGAGAAGAUGCAACAACGAGGGCUCUCGCCCGACAUCGUGACGCUGGGCAAUCUGGCGAACGCCAAUGCCAAGCAGGGCCGAUUCAUACGUGCGGAAGAGUGCCUGCGGGAGCUGAAAAAUCUGCAGCUGUCGCCGAACAUCGUUGUUUUGAACAGUGUGAUAAAUGCGUGCUCCCAAGCUGGCGAGUUGAAGAGAGCGGAAGAGUGGCUGGAAAGGGCGACGGACAUGAACCUGCGGCCGGAUUUGAUGAGCUUCAAUGGAGUCAUCAACGCUUGUGCGCGAUGUGGGUGUGCCUCACGAGCGAUCUACUGGCUGGAGGUCAUGGGCCAGCGCGAGGUUCAGGCAGACGUAGUCACCUUCAACAGUGUCAUCAACGCCUGUGCAGAGGACGGGAAAGCCGAGCAGGCUUGGCACUUUCUGCAAGAGAUGCGCCGCCGGAGCUUGGAGCCAACGGCCAUGUCGACCGGCAGUGUGCUGAAGGCCUUCGCGAGAACCGAAGAGCCUAAUUUAGCAGAGCAGCGGUUGCUGGAACUCUCCGAGGAUGGCUUGCCGAUCCCGAAGGAGCUGCUUGUCCGAGUUGCUGCAGCAGAUUCACCAUCAAGGACCGGCAGCCCAUUGAGAAGGGCCCUGUAUCGUUUCCGUGGCCGUGGGGAUGCAAAACUGGUCGAGCUCUUGCAGAAGGCCCUGGAGGCACAGUGGAUCUACGGUUAUCCGAGGGCUGCCCCGGGCUUCCCUCAGCUCACUCACGGCACCUACCAGUAUCUCUCCGGCAUGCAACCCAUGACCGUGCGCCUUAUGUUGGACGCUGUUCCGGGGGCCAAGACGAUCUUGGAUCCCUUUUGCGGCUCAGGUGCUGUCCUUGUCGAAGCCCUGGCUGCUGGGAAAGAAGCCAUCGGUUGCGAUGCGAGCCCGCUGGCCAUCUUUGUGUCCUACCAUCACUGUGACCUCGGUCAACCCGAUCUGCAGAAGCUCCAGGUCCUGAUGCAGGAGGUGAGUGCUGAGGGGCAGCUGGGCGAUUGGACGCAGCUUGAGCGACGAAUCGAGCUGCUCCCUUCCUCUGCGGAGAAGGAUACUCUCUUGUUCGCCUGCGCUGUAGGCUCCAACAUCUCUUCCGUGCAGGACGGCGAGGCAUCCGACUCCCGUGCACGAGCCUAUUUCGUCUCUGCGGCUCAACGAUACGCCUCGCGGGUGGAAGCUCUGCGUUCGAGCAUGUCGGGUCCACCCCAAGCGACGCUCUUCAACGGAGACAUGCGCGACCUGGGUUUGGCCAUGCCGGUCGAUGCCAUUCUUACAUCUCCGCCAUACCCGGGAGUGUACAACUUCUUGUCGCAGAACCAGGACAAUACGUCGAACCCGGUCGAGGCCGCUGCUUUGCGUGGCGUGUCGCUGAGUGCAGCUGCGCGCGGAUACGAUGCCUCGUUUCGGACGUCAGCGCCGGAGAUCGGUGCACGGCGGACCUGGUCGAGCGACACCAUGGCAGCCUUCGAAGAGACGUGGCAGCUACAACAGGAGGAAUGGCUGAAGUCUGCUCGGGCAUGCCUAAAGCCAGGCGGCACAGCGACUUUGAUGAUCGGCGAUGGCGACUCCUCAGUGGAAAAUGGCUUCGAUAAUUUGGCUUCUACCUUGGCUGCUGCGGAGGCUGUUGGAUUCGAGACUGUAGCGCUGGCAACGAUCGAAGCUGUGGCGGACGAAGCACACAGGACGAGGGGCAUGCAGCGGACCGAGCACAUGGUGCACCUUGUGGCGGUGAAUGCAAAAAUGCCCGUGAGAGGGACAUGUCGGUUCCGAUUGCACCCUAAAGCUCCGCCCUGCGAACCAAAGAAGCACGACUGCUCCGAGGCAUUCGCCCCGGUGCAACCACCUUUAUCAUAA